CCCCCUGGGUGACGUAGCCGGUGACGCAACGGGUGACGCGCGGCGGCGGGCGAUGACGCGGGCGGGCGAUGGGGCAGGCGCUGUGCGUCUGCUCGCGCGGCACCGUCAGCCUGGGGGGAGCGCGGUACCUGGUUCUGCACCGGCUGGCGGAGGGGGGCUUCAGCUAUGUGGACCUGGUGGAGGGCCUGCGGGACGGGCGCUUCUAUGCCCUGAAGCGCAUCCUGUGCCAUGACAAGGAGGACCACCAGGCCGCCCUGCACGAGGUGGAGAUGCACGGCCUCUUCGACCACCCCAACAUCCUGCGCCUGGUGGCCCAUUGCAUGGUGGAGAAGGGUGCCAAGCAUGAAGCCUGGCUUCUCCUGCCCUAUGUGAAGGGUGGGACCCUCUGGAGUGAGGUGGAAGCACUGCGAAAGAAAGGGACCUUCAUGCCAGAGCAGCGAAUCCUUCUCAUCCUCCAUGGCAUUUGCAGCGGGCUGCAAGCCAUCCACAGCAAGGGCUAUGCGCACAGGGACCUGAAGCCCACCAAUGUGUUGCUGGAUGAAGAUGACUGCCCUGUGCUGAUGGACUUGGGCUCCAUGAACCAAGCUCGCAUUGAAGUCAGCAACUCUCGGGAGGCCAUGGCCCUGCAGGACUGGGCUGCCCAGCGCUGCACCAUCUCCUACCGUGCCCCUGAGCUUUUCACGGUGCCAAGCCAGUGCAUCAUAGAUGAGCGCACGGAUAUCUGGUCUCUAGGCUGUGUGCUGUACUGCAUGAUGUUUGGGGAGGGCCCCUAUGAUGCCAUCUUCCAGAAGGGCGACAGCGUGGCUCUGGCAGUGCAGAACCCCAUCACUGUGCCCUCCACAACCAGGUACUCGGCUGCCUUGCAGCGCCUGCUCUCCUCCAUGAUGACAGUGAACCCCCAGGAGCGACCCAGCAUAAAUGAGAUCCUCCACCAGCUGGAGGGGCUGCAGCCAGUGCCGGCAGGACAGGACACCACACAGAUCUGA